CCUAUUAAGCGGCCCCAAAGAUAAUACAGUUCCACGGCAAGGCACUCGGCUGAUGUUGGUAGAAAAUGGACACAUGAUUUCAGGUUGUCGGUUUUCAAAAGAUUUGUCAGCCGCUGCUGUCGAAACUAAUAUAAUGAUGGCCUUUGAUGGAAAAAUUCCGCAUGGUACAGAUAUAGAACUGUUAACAUCGGUACAUUCCACUCUGGUUGCGCCAACAUUAGCCCCUGGUCAGACAUUGGAUGGUGUUAUCCUCCACAGAUUAUACGCACAAAAGCCAGUGUAUGUACGACCUAGUGUUCAGCUGCUUAACAUGGGAAAUGCAACAAAGGAACCAGGCAGCAAUUCUAGUGAAGGAAUAGAUGAACCUUUGGAUGAUGAUGAUAUAAGCAUAUCUGAAACCAGUGAAAUUCAUUCUGUGCCUACUACUGAUAUUGUGCCUGCAACUGAUGGUGUGGCUGAAACUGAUGGUGUGGUUGCAACUGAUGGUGUGGCUGAAACUGAUGGUGUGGUUGCAACUGAUGGUGUGGCUGAAACUGGUUCACUGUCUGCAACUGGCUCCUCAACUCAAACUAGCACACUCCUUGAAACUGAUGAUCUUACUCUUUUGAACGAAGCAGGUGUUUUUUCCGCAUUGAUAGAUACUCCAUUCCUGUCUUUGCCAGCUGAGAACAGAGAAGUAAGAGCUGUUAUUGUGCACAGAACUACAAUACGUCAAGAUGUCAUAGCCAUUUUUAAUGAUGCAGAUGUGCUUAAUUGUUUGGUUUGCCCCACCGUGAUUGAUUACAGUGGCAGGGAAGAAAAGGAAAGGAAAAGGAGUAAUGCUGGAUGUUUUGACACAUUUUGGCAUGAGGUAUACAACACCUACUGUUUCGGCUCCAGCGAUAAGAUUCCUAUGAUUAGGCACGACAUGCAAAAAUGA